AUGAACAACACAACGGACGCCGAGCCGCUGGGCGCCGGCGGCAUCGCCUGGUCCACAUCCAAGGUGAUGCUGUUCGUCUUCCAGCUGCUCAUCAUGUUGGAGACCAUCUUCGGCAACCUGCUGGUGGUGAUGUCGGUCAAGGUGGAGAAGAAGCUGCAGACGCCCUUCAACUACUACAUCGUCAACCUGGCCAUCACCGAUAUGAACGUGGGCAUGUCGGUGAUGUCACUGUUCGCCAUCUACAACUUGUUCGGCUACUUCCCGUUCAACAACUUCAUCUGCGGCUACUGGGUCUGGAGCGACUACACCAUGACCUUCGAGUCGGUGUUCACCCUGAUGACUAUUAGUAUCGAUCGCUUCUGGUCGGUGACGUGGUCCACUCACUACCGAAACACGUACAGCCCGAAAAAGUGUCUGGCGCUGCUGUGCGUCACCUGGUGCGUGGUGAACGCCAUCUGGCUGCCGGCCUUCAUCUACGACAGAGUGGCCAACGACUACGCUCCGGGGGACUGCUACUGGGACCCGCUGAGGAACCGAUAUCUGGUGAUCUAUGUCGGCUUCCUCGGAUACUACAUGCCGUUUCUGACGAUGAUUGGAGCAUACAGUCGCAUUCUGUACGUGAUGAGAAAACGAGCACGGAAAAUCCGAGACAGCAAAAAGGUGCAAGUCGCAACGGUGGACGGCGAGGUUGACGAGAAGAAGGCGGUGGUAGUGGCGGAUGACAAGGAGGAGCAGCGGAGGAAACGCGAGCAGAAGGCCGUCAUGACCCUGCUCUCUAUUAUUGGUGUAUUUGCCGUCUGCUGGGUGCCCUUCUACCUACUGUUUGUGAUCAGCGCUUGGUACCCGGACUUCUUCCCGGGCUGGUUCGUCGAGUUCUCCUACUGGAUGGCCUACAUCAACUCGGCCGUCAACCCCAUCCUCUACGGCAUCAGCAGCGCCGAGUUCCGGGCGGCCUACAUCAAAAUAUUCUAUAUCAUCACCUGUCGCGAACCGCCCUCUAGCUGA